UCGUUUCAUUUCCUGAUUCAGUCACCGUAGAAUGUUGCUUCGCAAGGCUUUGGUUGUAGUUUUUGCAUUUUAGGAGAAAAUAACGCGUUUCUCGUCCAUUAGAGUUGAGCUGGCUCCAAAGAACAUUUAUUUGGGAUUUCCGAGGUUUCUGGUUACUUUUUAAUCUGCGUGUUGGUGACUGAAGGCUAUCAGGAAGUUGGAGCGCGUGCGAUAAGCUCACCGCUGUGACUUUUUACAAGUUUCAAUUUGAAUGUUGAGUUCUGACCAGCAUAAAAGCACGUCUUUACACACGCAUUUUGGUCAAAGAGAGCCAUGAAGGUUUUGAGCAGUCCCGGUGGAGGGUCCUUCCUGGUAUGGACUGUAGCUGUUCAGCUGAUUCUGUGUGGAAGGGGAGCACAUACCAGUGACGACUCCAAGAACUGUCAACUAGUCGCAGUGUCUGAGUCAGAACAGAAAGUCCUCAGCCGCCUGGAGCCUCUUAACGGUAAAAAUUUAACGGCAAAGAGCCAGACUGGAAAUGACAAUUACACGUACAUCUUCCAGCUGUGUGGGAAUGCAGGGGGUGUUCAAGAUGCUGCGCUUGUUCAGAUUGACAAGCAAAAGAAGACAACAGUGAUUGGCAAGUAUAGUGCAAGUCAAGCCAUCGGAGGAAGCGACUGGGUGAUGUUGAUCUACAGAAAUGGUGAAAAAUAUGAUGCCCACUGCUCCCAGGAAAGCAGAAAAGGCAUUUUGAUGAUCUCUUGCAACAGAAAAAAGAGCAUAGGCCAGCUGACUGUGGUUUUAGAGGAGAGGGACAGGAAGGAGGAUUGCUUCUACCUGUUUGGGCUGGAAUCCAGUGCAGUGUGCCCAGCUGUUGAGUCCCACCUCAGCGCAGGCUCUAUAAUAAUCAUCAUUGGGCUGUGUCUCCUCACUGUGUACCUCGUUGGAGGUUUCCUCUACCAGCGUCUAAUUGUUGGAGCCAAAGGCAUAGAGCAGUUUCCUAAUUAUUCAUUUUGGGUGGAGGUUGGCAAUCUGACAGCAGAUGGAUGUGACUUUGUGUGCCGGUCACGAAAUAGAGAAGAGGCACCUGCUUACAGAGGUGUGUCCACAGAACCCUUAGAAGUUGAGACAGAUGAGCGAGAUGACCACCUACUACCCAUGUGACCUCAGUAUGUCAACAAUUGGAUAGAUGUUUUCACUGUGUGACACCAAUUACUAUUUCAGACAAUAUAUGAAUUUACUCUUCGGCACGCAUCUGCCUUCACUUUGUUUUUUCGCUUGCCAGGUUACAUUGGGUCCUCUUGGCACUUUGUGUCCAUGGCAACUACGGUGUUAUCUUGCACUGAAUAGGAUGUGUUACUUAUAGUCUGAGGUCACUGUCCUCUUUGAGCUCAUGCAUGUAAUUCAUCUGAUGACAGGCAAAUGGGUCGUCUGAUUACAAAGUGAAAAUAAAACUGAUUUUAUGUGAAAUUCUGGCAUGAAAAGAAGUGAGGAAGUUGGGUUUGUACAUGAUGCAAAAACAGUGAUUUAGUGCUUGUCUUUUGUGCUUGGCUGGUUGGUUAAAUUUACAGUAAUUGCGCCAAAACAAAAGCUGUUCUUCCAAUGAGUACUGGUUGCACUGACUGUUGCAGGUUACAAAAUAAAUACUAUGAGCGAUUCAAACCUUGUUACACAAAUCACAUUAAAUGGAAAAAGUUUCUAUAGCAUUUGUAAUGUUGCAGUAAAAUAAUUAGCAUUAUCAGUUUCCUAACUAAAACCUCAGGUGUGCAGUUGUAAGUAACUGUUUUUAAACACCAGAUCACGCAAGAUUGAAUGCUGUAAAUAUUUGAAAUUUUGCCACAAUAUAGCAAAAAAUGAAAAGCACCCAAUUAACAUUCAGCCUCUUAACUGUAUCUGUUAAAAUCAUCAUGCCUACAGUGGCUGACAGGGGCCACAACAAUUCCAACUUAAGAUAACACCUGCAAGCCGGAAAUGCUUAUCCAGAUAAAAACACCGCAUGAGUUCAACAGCAGGUAGUUGCAUCAAAAAGUCUUCCAAUUGAUGUGUCUUUAGCAAAUUCACACAAUGCACCCAAACAUAAAAAAAAAACACUUUGCAAAGCUUUAACACAGCAUAAGUGCUCACAACACAAACAGGAUUCUGUCCGGAGGACUUUAACUGACGGACCUUUCAGUGCAUCGCAACACUCGACUCUUGAUCUCUACCUAGUCUGCAGAGCUGAGUAAGCUCAUUUACUUUAUUCAUGAUUUUUACUCUUAUGCUAGCUAUAUUUUUGUUUUAUUUUAUUUGCAUGAACUGAAGGGUAGAAGUCUAAAGUCCUCCAUGUAGAAACGAGUACAUCCAUUGUGUUGAAAAAUUUGCAAAGCCUUUCUGAAUUUUGAGCACGCAUUAUAAAAUUUGUUACAUGUGCUGUAGCUUGCUUGGUUACAAACUUUUUUCAAUUUACAAGACAUUUUUUCAUGUAAAACCCCAUUGAUGAAUUGAUGCAGGUGUUAUUUGUAAAUGUGUUCUGCAUCUGUUAGUGCUAUCUUAAUUUGGAACUGUUUUGGCCCCUGUCAGCUGCUGUUAUGCUCCUUUAUGCAUGCUAAUAGACAAGCAGGUUCUUCAUAGCUUACUAGUAACUAGAGAACACUGAGUGCAUGCCUCCACCAAGUUACAAUAGUCUAUCUGUCCAUAACAGCUGAAGCAAUAUGAAAUGAUCCCAUAGUCACAUCUGCCUUGAAAUUUAAUCCACACAUUAUUGAUCCAAGAUUUACUGCACCACUGAAUUUCAGUGAAAUCUGUGUUUUUGAGAUACGCUACAGACAAGCAGUGUCUCCUUGGUGGAGGUAAUGAGUAUUAUGUUGGUUAAAUUCUGGGCUGCGUGCAUGAUAAAGCUGACCCAAAGACAGCAUGCACUGCUAAGAACACACCAACCUCAUGGGUGAAGAACAGUUUGUAAACUGGCAUUGACCAAAUGUGCAUUGGGGAGAUGGAGAAAAUUGGUGUUGGAGGUAUUUUUUUGUUUUGUUUUUUGCCUGCUGUAUCAUUUAUAUACUACCUAUAAGUUCCACCUAAUGUUAUUUAUCGCUACCACGUUUUCAACUUGAUGCAAAAAUAUUUGGCAUAUUCUCGAUUUGACACAAAUAAUUCCUAAUAUGAGAUGAGACAUGAGUCUGUCUCUCUCUCUGUCUCUGUGUGCGCUCUUGGAGUGUGCAUUUUAAUGUUGGAAAGGGUACUUGUAAAAAUAGCAACAUGUUUGGCUGCUUAGCUUGAUUAUCUUUAAUAAACAUUUUGUUGACUGUUUUAGUUUUGGUCAAAUAAAUGGUCUAUCCCCA